AUGGCGGAUGAGGAUAUCUAUGAGAACAUGCCGAUGACGAAAGCUGCUCCCCAGCCCAAAGGAAACCCUCCCAAGACCUCGGUCCCUUGGCGGCACAGGGCACGGGGCAUCGUCGUCACUGCUGUCCUUCUCCUCCUGGGUCUGGCCCUGGCCAUGUCCCUCCUUGCUGUGACGCUUCUAUAUCUCCGGGCACAGAGCAAGCUGCAAGCGGUUGAAGAAGCGGUGCAGAAGCUCCAAGUCUCUCUGCAGCCUGACGACGCCUCGGACGCGUCAGCGAAGGGAUCGGACAGUCUAAAGCUAUUGGAUGAAGCGCAGGCAGGAGUCCAGAAGCUGAAAGCCGAGCUGGGUAACGUCAGUGCAGCGUAUGGAGAAAUUCAGAUCCAGCUGGAUAACGUCAGUGCAGCGCGAGCAGCAGUGCAAGGUCGCUGCAGAGUUUCUCUCCAAGGAGACCCGGGGAGAAGCUCACUGGAUUGGACUCACCGACCGGGAGACAGAAGGCAGCUGGCGCUGGGUGGACGGCACAGAAUACAGAGCAGACGCAAGCAGGGGGUUCUGGGCGGAGAAUCAGCCAGACAACUGGGAUCAGGGGAUUGGAGGCAGAGAAGAUUGUGUUCACAUCAAUCCAAUCAACCGGAAUUUGUGGAAUGA